AUGAUUCAAGAACGUCCUGAUUUCAAAACACUCGAUCCAUCUGACAUACUUGAGAGGCUCAACACACAUGAGUUUCAGCUUUCUGAGAAAAGAGAUAUCUACGGUCCAAACUAUGGGCGAACUCGUGCCUUGAAGGCAAAAGCUGUUUCCUCAUCUGAAGAAGAAUCUGACAGUAGUUCUAAUGAUCCUGAAGACAUUGGAAGAGAACUUGAAAUGCUAGUGAAGAAGUUCCAAAAAUUCACCAAGAAGAAAGGCUUCAGAAAAUCUUCACGAUCAAGCUCAAGGAAUGAUGAAGCUUCUGCUCAUGACUACAAGAAGAAAACAUGUCACAAGUGCAAGAAAACUGGACACUUCAUCUCUGAGUGUCCACAAUGGGACAAUGAGAACAGAAGGAAGAAGAAGAGCAAGGAAUAUGACUCUGACGACAAGAAGAAGAAGAAAUACUCAAAGUCUUCUUCCAAGUCUUCCUCAAAGUCUUCAUCACACAAGAAGAGCUCAUCUGGCAAGGCACGUGCGUUUGUUGGCAAGGAAAUGGAUUCAGAGGAGGAGUCCGCUUCUGAGGAGGCGGAGGUGGAGUCUGAGGAGGAGUCUGAUUUUGGCAUUGCGAGUCUGGCUACAACAUACGUCGCCAAGUCCAUCUUCAACACUGAAGACAAUGACUGCAUCACCGACACCGAUGCAACUGACAAGAACGACUCCACUCCUACCUACUGCUUCAUGGCACGUGGCGCCAAGGUAAACACACGCACUACUCGCUAUCAAACAUCUAGUGACGAUGACUCUGACUGUGAUUCAAAACCCAGCUACAAAACACUUGCUAAAAUUGCA